AUGAAUAAUCAUCGUAAAAACAGAUCAUCUCAAAAUGAACGUUCGAAUACAACUCCGACCUUCCAUCCAGUGUUUAAUUUUAGUUCGUUGUACAAUCGACAGUACUAUCAAUCUUCGAUAUCUUUUCAGCGGUUACUAACAUCCUCGAAUCGUGCUGUUGCUGAUCUAGCAGAACCGUUAUCAAUAUUUGAUGAAAUAGAAGUAUCCAAACAUCGACGUUCGCUCAAUGUUUCUCCGAUACCAUCACAAUCGGAUCGACUUCCUCUGUUGAAUAGUGUUCACCGGGACCGAGCGGAAGGUUUUCGGCAACAGUUAUUGAUUGAUAUCCAACAUUCUAUCCAUGAUAUUGAAGAAGAUUUAACUUCAUUUGAAAGACAAUCUUUAACAUCUCGCCUUUCUUCAUUGAGAAAACCGAAUGACUAUAACAACAAUCUUGCUCUGCGGACACGAUUGCCACCGAUCUUUCGAACAGUUCACGAACAAAUGCAACUAUUGGAUGAUGACGACAGAAUCCUAUUUCCAAGGCAAUCAACAGCGGAUGAGCCAUUGUCGAACAUUCCUUUGCCAAAUCACGUAGUGCACAAUAAAUCUCCUUCAGAUAUAGAUAUUGGAUACUUUCUCAAUGAUUCGGAGAAUAUUUAUUCAAAGCCGACAUUUGACGAAUUUGAAGAAGAAGAAGCAAUUCUUCAAGAAAGCAUGAAUGCUGAUCAGUAUCUCCAUGAUCUUACUGUUCCAUCACAUAAUUGUUCCAUAUUUAUUGAUUCGGAACCGGUUAAUUCUAAUCAAGUCGAAUUUCUCGAAGCAACUAUCAAUUUAGUCCCAACAGAUCAUGUUGACCAAGAUAUCGAUGAUUUAAUGAGAACUACUUUCUUAUAUCAAGUAACACCAAGAGACAAGUCAAAUACAGAUAAUAUCAGAUCAGAAGUUUCGCUUGAAUCGCAAUUUACUUCGCCGGUUCCAUCUCAAGGUACAAUACGUUUUCAAGACUCCUACCCUGAUGUUCCAGCAGAUGUCGUAUCGCAGAAUAAUCAUACUAUUCCACGUCCGCCAACACGAAAUUCGAUUCUGAUCACUGAAGAUCCUCCCGAAAAACUUCCUGCCUUGCAACCAACAUCUAUCGACUCUCGUGUUGCUUCUCCUGCUGAUAAAAAGGGUCUUUUUGCUGUUCAUGCUUUGAUUGAAUCUGAAUUUCGACACGAUCGUAAUCGUUCGACUAAAUCAGUUUCUUCUCAUAUAGAAAAUGGAAAUCGAUCUGACUCGUCAUCUGUCACUUACUUCUCAACUAAUGCUCGACAACAGGAGCAACAGCGAAACCAUCCCUCGUCAAUACCGUCAACUACAGGAAAGAACACUCGACAUGUAAAUACAGAAAAAAAAGAAGAAAUAAAAAGAAAAAAAAUCGAUGUGACAAAGAAAUCUAUCGUGACUACAAUUUCAAUCUUACCGUCGUCGUCGUCAUCGCCACUGAAGCAAGUGUUACCUACUUCCAUUAUCGACAACGUGCAAACGCAAUUUACAUUUGAAAACAACAGAAAUAACAACAAUUAUAACGGAAAGCCAUCAAAUACAGCACUGAAUAAAAAUGCUGUUCAUUUGAGUAUAGAAGGACAAGAAGAGCGUUUUUAUAACUCGCACAAUUAUCCUCCGACAUCAUCAUCAUUAGUACUUCAAAUGCAUUCACGUAUACAGACCACAACGUUAGAAAAUGAUAAAGACGACACAUACAGUCCAUCACCAGCGGGUCAUACACGUUCGAGUGACUUCAAUGACAAUGGAUCUCACACACCAGAAAGAGAUCAUUCGAUCAAUGGAUUAGUGUCACGUGCCACAUCUUCCGCUCACAGUUCUUCCAAAAGCAACCGCAGUAAGAAAUCUGUCUCUCGUCAUGCAUCAUCUGUCGAAAACGAUCGCCCUCAUACUUCGCCAGAUAGUGUACAGAAAACGCCGACAAAUGAAAAUGAAGAAAAUUUAGACGAUGAACCGCAAUCACUACACGAGUUUGAUCAACGAUCAUUAAGUGAUCGUUCUAUAUCCCAACGUAGUGAAUCAGGUUUAAGUUCUUCAGCAAAUUCAGCGCUUCCUGUUAAUACGGAUGGAUCUGAUUUCGAAGACAACGAAAUACCAAAAUUAUACAUCUCAUCAUCGAAGAAGAAAAAUCUUUCUCCUUCGAAAGGCCCACCGUCAGAACGAGAAUCACCUCGUGCUUCUGUUAAUGAAAUACAUUCUGAACGAAUAUCAUCCCGAGCAUCUUACAAGGCGAGUGUACCAGUAGAUCGUGAACCAGAACAUGCGUUACCAAGUCGACCAUUACAGACAAAAGUACAUUCACCCGUAGCCUUCGUCCCUAAACAUAAUGGUUUAUUACAUGAAGUUGAACAAAAAUCUCAAAAUCAAUCAUCGUCAAUGUCACAAAAAAAUAAUACUUCAGCAUCAAACAAUAAACAAGAACAAUUGUUACGUCCUGCACCUUCAUCAUCCGAAAGUAAACAUGAGCAGAAGUCUGCACGUCAAAGUCCUUCAACUUCUUCUCCGAUGCACUCUGAUGAACGAAUAACAAAGGAACAAAUAACAUCAAUGUCUCACCCAGUUAAGGACGCCAAACCUCAUCAUCAAGCUCUUCAACAUAUGCAUGCGCAAAUUGAAUCUAAUAAUAGUGCACGUUCGCCAUCUACCACUCCACAUCAUUCCAAAGUACAAGAUAAUAAUCAUACAUCUAUGGAUAAUCACAGCACAUCAUCCCUGACUCUUCCAAACGAGCAGAUGCAUACAUCGAAUAACGACCAUCAUAUAAAAACCAAACAAGCAUCGACUCUAUCACCAAUACAACCAGCAUUUGCAACUGAAAUUCAUCGACGUCCAUCAUCAGACAAAUCGCGACUAUCAUCUCGUUCUCAACAUGAACAAAAACCACCUAUAAACGAUCAUUCAUCGUCGUUUCCACGUAUUGAAGCACGAAGUCCAUCACCGGACGGUCAUGUAGAUGAUGAAGACCAACUGGAACCAAAAUCAGAUGAAAGACAACGGCGUCGACGCGUUUCUUUUUCUGAUAGUCAUUCACAUUUGUUUGUCGAUGAACAACAAGUCGAUCCUAAUUGGCGUGAACGUGUUGCUUCAAUUUUAGCCAGCAAGCAUCAACCAAAUGAGAAAUAUGCCUAUGUACAAGCACGAGUAAAUUCUUUCGAAAAUUUUGAUUAUCAUCCGAAAAAGAUCAAUACCAUUCCCAAGAAAACCCCGCGCGCAAAGCAUUCCGACAGCGAAGAAGAAAAAUCUUUCGAACAAAAUCAUCAUAAAAUGAAAAGACCAGAAUUAUUUAUUCACGAACAAAUCGGUGAUGAACAACGCGUUCAUUCUAUCAAAGAAAUGCCCGUGCAGAUGUUUGGUCGAUUGAUGUUUCUAGCUGAUGGGAGUCCAACAAUUUUUCAUGAACCUUUAGAAUGGCAUGCAUCAUCAAAACUAAAAGAUUAUCUAUACGAAAAUUUUCACCAUACACCGCGUCGAAAUGAAUUCAAAGUCUAUAAUAAGAAACCUCGAUGGCACAGUGAAUCUAAGCUGUCGGAAGUUCUCAAAGAAUCACCACGAUUUUAUCAACGAGAUGCUCUCGUUCCAGCUAGUUCGUUGCCACUGAUUCCUGGUACUGAUCAAUCAUAUUUUUAUCAACAACAAUUCGAUAAACGGUUACAACAUCAUUUUCCCAAUAGUCAUCCAAAACGUUCGAUUUCACCCAUCUCAUCAGAAAAACCUGAGCACUCUGGAGAAUCAAAAGCACUGCAGAAAAGACAGGAGAAGCCUCCAUAUCAGGUUUACGAAAAAGUUCCUCAAUGGAAUUCUGUUUCGAAAUCUCGAAUACCACCGCCUCCAAAAAUCCAUCCAUCGCGAACAACAUUAAGCAAUGGUCAAAUCUUCAACGAAAAGUUAAAUUGGAAUGCUCGAGCGAAAGUUCAUUGUUGGUCUGAACUUGAUCUUCGUAAAUUAGAUAGAAAGAAAGCUUUAGUUACAUAUCCUAUUCCUAAACGAAACUAUCGUAUGUUAAGUCCAAUCCAUCCUUCGAAAGAGUCAAAAUCAUUGCGAAUGAUCGCUGAUCGACCCGCUCGGCCGCGAGAUUCUCGUUUGAAAGAUUACAUUUGGGAAAACCACAAGUACAAGUCCCAUCGGAAAAAUGACAAGUUUCGACAUGUGAACACGCCGCCGAGAAAACCGAAAUGGAACGCAGUUAGCAAAACACGCAGUCUCAAUACUGUUUACAAUCCGAAGAUUAAACACAAUGAUUCGAUUCGUCGCGGAUGGGAUCGAGAAUCGCGACGGAAACGUGUGAACAAAUUACCACCCUUGAAACGUAAAAAAGAACAGGAAGAAUUGCCGCAAUUACCAUCCAAUGAUCAAUUAGCUAUUGAUUAUAGCUAUGAUCGUUCUCCGACGACGCAAGCACACGCAAAUCGAAGUGAAUAUGGAAUGGCAUCUUCAAGACGAUCAAGUAAAGCUUUGGUACCAAUCAACCAUCGUCAACGCUUUCCGGAUCUUGAAUUACCAAAUGAUCUGACACCUCGAUCACAUCGACCCAUUCAACAAGAAUGGUACGACGAAGCAACUAAAUCUCGUCUCACUCAUAGAAUGGAUGGUGAAGCAAGCACGAAUCAAUCGUUUCUACACUCCGUCACACCAGUUUAUCAAUCAAACACACCCCGAGAUUUACUACCUUAUCGUUCAACACCUCGCAACAGUCAAAACAGUGGAGUGAGUGGAACACUACUUGAUUCAAGUAUUCGAACAAAUCGAGCAACGGAAAUCCGUCUUUCAAAAGACAUGGACGAACACCAUCAGCAUUGCCAUCAUGUCAAUCAGUCGAUGCCACUCGAAAUCCGUGGUUUUGAACUCGAAGGCACCCAAUGUACCGUUCCAGUUGAUGCGACUAUUCGUCCAUUGUCAAAUGUAAAUUAUCGAACGAGUGAACGAGUGAAAAAUCAUCGUCUAUAUCCAUGGAGUAUGUUACAUGGUCCGGGAACAUCGAGUAGAAAUAGUUCGCUAUUACCAAUAGCGGAAUUUCGACGUCCGUCACUUGAUACAACCAUAACUGAAACUCAACAUUCUUGA